GAACGGCGGAGCUGGCGAGCUGGCCGCUGGCUGGGCGAGCGGUCACAAUAGGAGGCGGCGGCCCAGCAAGAAGCCGCGGGAGCAGCCCCGCAGGGCGGAGCCUCCCCUCACAGAUAUCUCCCGGGGCCAAUUCAGCACCUCUACCUGGCCAUCCUAACAAGGUGAUUUGUGAAAGGGUGAGACUUCAGAGCCUGUUCCCUCUCCUCCCAAGUGAUCAGAACACUACCGUUCAAGAGGAUGCUCACUUCAAAGCUUUCUUCCAGAGUGAAGAUAGUCCGAGUCCUAAGAGACAGCGCCUCUCUCAUUCAGUCUUUGAUUAUACAUCAGCAUCACCAGCUCCCUCACCACCAAUGCGACCAUGGGAGAUGACAUCAAAUAGGCAGCCCCCUUCAGUUCGACCAAGCCAACAUCACUUCUCAGGGGAACGAUGCAACACACCUGCACGCAACAGAAGAAGUGGGGGCGGGCUCCAUCAAGGAACAGUCCCUGUUUCCUAUACAGUAACAACAGUGGCACCACAUGGGAUUCCACUCUGCACAGGCCAGCACAUUCCUGCUUGCAAUACACAACAGGUCCCAGGAUGCUCUGUGGUUUUCAGUGGACAACACCUCCCUGUCUGUAGUGUGCCUCCUCCAAUGCUUCAGGCAUGUUCAGUUCAGCACUUGCCAGUACCAUAUGCUGCAUUCCCACCUCUCAUUUCUAGUGAUCCAUUUCUUAUACAUCCUCCUCACCUUUCUCCCCAUCAUCCUCCUCAUUUGCCACCACCAGGCCAGUUUGUCCCUUUCCAAACACAGCAAUCACGUUCGCCUCUGCAGAGGAUAGAAAAUGAAGUGGAACUCUUAGGAGAACAUCUUCAAGUAGGAAGUUUUACUUAUCCCCCAUCAGCCCAUCCCCCAACAUUACCUCCAUCAGCUCCUUUGCAGUUCUUGACACAUGAUCCUUUGCAUCAGGAGGUGUCCUUUGGAGUACCUUAUCCUCCAUUUAUGCCUCGGAGGCUCACAGGACGUAGUAGAUAUCGAUCUCAGCAGCCAAUACCGCCUCCCCCUUAUCAUCCCAGCUUACUGCCAUAUGUGUUAUCAAUGCUUCCAGUGCCACCUGCAGUGGGCCCAACUUUCAGCUUUGAAUUGGAUGUGGAAGAUGGAGAAGUAGAAAAUUAUGAGGCCCUUUUAAACCUGGCAGAGCGACUGGGAGAGGCUAAACCUCGAGGACUGACUAAAGCAGAUAUUGAACAACUUCCUUCUUAUCGGUUUAAUCCUAACAAUCACCAGUCAGAACAGACUUUGUGUGUAGUAUGCAUGUGUGAUUUUGAGUCAAGGCAGCUACUUAGAGUCUUACCCUGUAACCACGAGUUCCAUGCCAAGUGUGUUGACAAAUGGCUUAAGGCAAAUCGUACUUGCCCAAUUUGCCGAGCUGAUGCUUCAGAAGUGCAUCGGGAUUCAGAAUGACCAACCUAAGAGCACAAAUUUAGUUUGGGUGUUCCUCAUCACAUGUAUAUACGGACUAUCCAUUGAACUUAAUCUGUGUGGCUUCCAGCCCUCCCUUUACCAAAAGGGUCAAUGGACCUUUCUUUGCACUGUGUGACUUAAUCAACUAUAAAAGCUUACAAUUAGUCUUCACAAUUAUGGGAUUGUUAUACUAACCGUGUGAUUGGAACUCCAAAGAAUUUUUCUUUAGCUUAAUUUUGUGUGUGCACUAACAUUCCCUGGUUUUUUGUGUGAUCAUUCCGAGUGUUGCUGCAAGAUUACAGUGGACGUGAUCUUUUAGCAUGUGCUUUUAUAAAAAGUGGUAGCUCCAGAUGAUAUAGCAAUCUACCUUAUAUAGAGCCUUCAGAAACUGUGAGUGGAAAUGAAUGCAGCGUAUGACUGUUGAUAAAUGUAUCUGUGUGUGUGAGAGAGUGUGCAACUACUUGUGAGAGGGCAUGGUAGCUAACGUGUGUAUGAGAUCCUAUAUACCAGCAUGUACCAAGAAUGUGUGUGUAGUUUUAAUUAUGCUGCAAUGUAUAAUCUGGUGUGUUAUUUAAACAGCACUAGUACUGUACACUGGUUUUUCCCCUUGUGUUUGCUGUUGCACACUGGUUGCUAAGGGUGCAUCAAUUAUAAGCAUUGAAUACUCCAUCCCUUCCUCCUAAUGAAUGGAAUGAGAAAAGCCUUCUUCCUUUGCUUCAGGCAGCUGUCACCUUCUCUUCAUUGGUGGUCCUAAGUGGGUCACUUAAGAAAAAAAGUGUAACAAAUUCUCACUCCAUGAACCUGAGUUUUGAUUCUGUUGUGGAAAAGAAAUUUUUAAAUCUCCAACUUGCUGUUUCCAAAAAGAAGGUGCAAUAUCAUACAUCAUCUGUUAGCAAUAUUAGCAUUUCAAUCAAUGAUUUGAAUGUUGGUAACUUUUUUCUUUUAUAUUUUCAGUAAGCUUCUUACAGAAAGUACCUGUGAUGAUUUUUUUAAUUUUUUCUUUGUAUAGGUGUGUGUGUGUGUGUGUGUGUGUGUGUGUGUGUGUUUAGAUUUAUAGUCCUUUCUGAAGAUAUAUGAGUAAUAUAUUUUUAAGAAUACCACUGGUCCCAUGAAGUCUUGCCUCUUUGACUUCCACCAGAACAAAAUCUGUUAAUUCAGCUUGAUUUCCGAUGUGUUCUUUGUUCAGGCUCCCAUAGGCAACUAAAUUAUUUCAAGAAAACUUUUUCUGUUCAUAUUAAUUCACUUGCCAAGCUCCAAUUCUGAAAGUUGUCUUAGUUCUUCCCUCAGUAAAUGUGCUUCUUUUUGAAGCCCUUGUUUCAGGAUGGAUCAAGUGCUUUGACAGCUUGUGUUCCUUAGACCUGAUUUGCUUUGAUGUCUUGCCGCUCUUUUAAUUUUUGUUUGAUUAAGAAAAAGCUUAAUACAACAGAUGUCCAGAAUACUUGCAGUAUAAAUGAAGAUUUGAUUUUUGUAUAAAAUAAUGCUGUCAAACAGGAAUUGACCCUCAUUGAGUUGAUCUGAAAUAAUACAUAGCUGUAUUUUUUUAAUAGGUUCAUUGAGCGAAAUUCAGAUUGUUUAAAGUCAUUUUUCCAGCAACAUUUAGAUUCCUUUCUCAUUCUUUUAUAGUGUAUUCAGCAUUGUCUGCCUCCUCCUGCAGUUGAUGUCAUUGCUUUGUUUGCAGUAGCACAUGCUACAUUAUUCUAGUUGGGACUGUGAGAACUUGUUGCCAGCCUCACUCAGCUCUCAGUUGGCUCUGAGUCAGUUUUGUACUCAGACAGUGUUAACUACUUGUUACUGCCAUGCUGCUUGCCCUCCCUUGAAAUCUAUAAGCUCAUCACAGCCUAGAGUUCUGUAAAGUCAAUUCACACAGAAGCACAAUUUUGUCCUCUUCCAGACACUGUUGCCUCUAUCUAAUCAUACAAAUAGGAUUUUGCAUACUUUGCCCCUAGAUUUGUCAGUGCAUCAGAAAUAUACCUAAACAGUGGUAAAAUGCACAUGUUACUGUUAAAUCAUUAGGAUAAUUCCCCUCCUGUUCCUGAAGAGUAAAAAGUAUGUUUAAGACCAAAAUUAUUGGCAUAUAAUAAUCAGCUACAUACAAAUCACGUAUAGUUUUAUCUUUAUUUUUUUUAAUUAAAAAAAUCAUGUUUAAAAUGGCAAAAACCCAUCUUAUAGACUUCUUUUAUAUAGCUACAAAAAUUUAUAUCUGUACAGAUCUAACAUAACACUACUACACUCAGUAUUCAUUUUACUGAAGCAUGCAAGUUAAAGCACUUUUUCUAAUUUAUAUAGAGAUAUCUAAUUAACAAGGCACAUUGUACUAAUGACUUCAGGAGAAGUAGCUUUUUCUCCCCUUCCUCUGACUAUGAAUUCCUGUUGUAACGUCCCUUUUCUAGUAAAUUUUUGAGAGGCAGUUGGCAAUUUAGGAGGCAGCAGGGUCUGAGUUUAAUUGUUGCACUGUUGUAGCUGAUCUCUUGGGGAAUGCCUUGUCUUUGCAUGGAGCUCUUAGAGAAGUGUCCAGACUUACUUACCAAGUGGUUAGUGCAUGUUAGGAGCACACGUGUGUGUGUGUGUGUGUUCUAACCAGCUCAGACUAGCCACAGUGAGCAACUAGACACAGUGAGUGUCUAGCAUAUGAGAAAGAACAGUUGAUUUCUUGCCCAGUUGUUACCACUGGUGAUGUCCAGAUUGCAGGCAGAUGUUGGUUUGUUGCCUUUAUCCUCUUUCCUCCUAAAACAACAUUGGCUUUACCAUCUUAACUCAGCUGUGGGGUUUUUUUGUGGGUUUUGGUUUAUUUGUUUUUUUUGGUAUGAAUUGUCAUGUUUGGUAUUGUUUUUAAUUCCCACCCCCCCAAAAAAAAAACAACUCAAGGCCUCCAUGGAUUAAGAUCUCAUAUUAAGGAUUUUUUGUCCUGGGGAAAAAAAAAUUUUUUUUUUAACCAAAAUCUGGAAAAUGUGAAAGUAUAUUUAGAUUUUAUAUACUCUCUGAAAUGUGAUUUAAGAUUCUUAAGUUUGGGCCUCUUGUAAUAAUUUUGAAUGAGAUCUACCAACUCACUUGUGAGAAUAUUUUUCACAGAUAUCUUUAGGCCUUCAUUAGAAAGCUAUUUUCCCCCUGUUGGUUACCUCAUUUUGCUAUUGUUUCAGAUUAUGAAAGCUACAGGGGUGUCUGUUGGAAUCAUUUGCUGAGUCAUUUCCUCAAAUCAUAUUCCAUUGUAUCAGUUAACAUAUAGUUUUAAAUGUACGUAUUAUAAAUAUCUGUAACCAAAUCAUUUGAAGGCUUGAUAAAUUUUUAACAAAGUUUGUACAUUUUUUAUGAAAGUUACUAGUAAUGCUUUACUAAGUAGUGCAAUGAAUUUUUAUUUUUAAUCCCUGUGCCCAAUUUUGGAGUUGAGAGGGUUGUUGGUAAUAAAUGUAUGAUGUACACUUAAAA